AUGGAGAAAGCUGUUAAAUUAUUGUCGAAAUAUUUUGUGCCUUAUAUAAAUGGAUGUUUGUUGACUUUUUAUCCUUACGAGAAAUGCUGUCGUCCUUUUUACCAUACUGCCUAUACGUUGGAGCAGUACGAAAAGCGAUGUGGUGUUCAAAUUAAGGACUUAUGCAAGGAUUGCCCGAGUUCAUUUGUAAUUGAUAAGUUGCUGGAAGAAUUCGAGCAUAUUGUCAAUGGACAUAAUGGAAUUUUGCCGGCUGAUGCUGUGAAUGGAAAUGUGUUUGAAAAUGAAAAAGUUACGGAUGGCUACGAGGAUUCGCUGCAGCAGGAUAGUGUUUCGAUUGCAACCGCAAAUGAAGAGAGUGUAGUACAGGAUCAGACGACAGUCACUGAGAACCGGGACCUUGAUAUUCCCACACAAGAACAACAACAGUCCGACGAUAUCCAAGAAAAUAAUUCAGUUCACUAG